UGAGGGCAUUUCGAAUGCAGACGUCGCGAUGUGCUGUCGCUGCUGUGGAGUGACCCAACAAAAGGUCUGGGUCUUUGGCCUUGGAACACUGUUUGCCGUAUCGGGUCUAUUUUUUGUAAUCUGGUGGCCCGAUAUUAUCGAUGAUGUAGUUAUGAAGUCUCUGCCCCUGACGCCGACAUCGAGGACAUUUGACAAAUGGGAAGAGCUGCCCAUACCCGUCUAUAUGAAGAUGUAUCUGUGGAACUGGACGAACGCGGAGGAGGUAAAGUUGCAUGGCGCUAAGCCAAAUUUCCAACAGGUCGGACCCUAUGUCUACCGCGAGGAGCGCCUGAAAAUGGAUUUGCAGUGGCAUGCGAACAAUACAGUUUCGUUCAAGCCGCGUCGCACCUGGUUCUGGGAGGAGCAAAUGUCCGGGGGCAAGCAAACAGACCUGGUAACAGUGCCUCAUCUGCCAUCGAUUGCUGCGGCGGCUUCCAUGCGCGAUAGUCUCAAACCAAUUAAAGUGGGUUUUAACAUUGCCCUCAAUGCCAACGGCGGCGCACUGUAUGCGACCCACACGGCCAGCGAGUGGCUCUUCGAUGGUUUCUACGAUGAGUUUUUGCAUUAUGCCAUGUCCUUGAACAAUCCCUUGGUGCCGCCAGUGGAGACGGACCAAUUCGCGUGGUUUCUGAAUCGAAACAAUUCGGAGAACUUUGAGGGCGUCUUCACCGUGCACACGGGCGUCGGCGCAAUCAAAGAAAUGGGCGAAAUUAAAUUCUGGAAUGGUGUCAAUCAUACGGGCUGGUAUGAGGGCGAAUGCGGACGCCUGAAUGGCAGCACCUCAGACCUCUUUGUGCCCGAUGAGCCGAAGGAAAAGGCGCUUACCAUAUACAUAACCGAUACCUGUCGCAUUAUCAAUUUGGAGUACACGGGUCAGAGCUACGAGAUUGAGGGCAUUCAGGGCUGGAAGUACGAGGUGACGCCGCACACCUUUGAUAAUGGACAGCGAAAUGGAAACAUGAAAUGUUAUUGUCCCGUCGACAGGCAGCCCAAUAAUUGUCCAGCCUCGGGCGCCACCGAUUUGGGCCCCUGUGGCAAUGGGGCGCCAAUGUAUCUCUCGGCAGAUCACUUCAUGUACGCGGACGAGAGUUAUUCGAGCACUGUAAAUGGCUUCCAGCCGGACUACGAGCGUCACAAUUUCUUCAUCAUAAUGGAGCGCAAAUUGGGUGUUCCUCUAGAGGUGAAUGCAGCUGUUAUGGUCUCACUCCUAAUCGAACCGGAUGAGGACAUUGACAUUUUAAAGGGCAUUCCGUCCUUCUAUGCGCCACUCUUCACAUCCUCCAGCUCAGCUGUUAUCAACAAAGAACUUGCCGCAGAGCUGAAGCUGGCUCUAAAUCUACCUUCGAUUGGACGCUAUACGGGCAUUGGUUUUCUCUGCUUGGGCUGCAUCCUUUUGGCUGUGGGAAUUUUCCUCACUCUCAAACGCAAGUGGUAUGGUCAGGCAGCCGCUGAUAAGUUGGCGCUUAUCAAUUCCGAUACGCAGCACACAAAUGACUCAAUUAGAGCUGACCAAUAAAAAAGCCAAUUAAGCUAAUCCAAAGAGCUGU